AUGAUCUUGUGUGAAGCGGAUAACUCUACCCCUACAGGGUCCUACAUGCAAAAUGAGGAGACUAUGAUGGAAAAACCAAGUCAACCGAUGGAUAUCGAGGAGGAAGGCGGAAAUGACGAUGACGUUCUGGUACCCUCAACAGAAAGGCACCAAUCACGAAAGAUAAGAGGGCCAUAUAGACGAUACACUGGACAUCAGAUUGAACAAUUAUUUAGUUACGUGAUUGAACAGGGACAGCGCAACACUACAUCAGAACAUACAAUGACGAUGACGAACGACGUUUACCGAUAAGCGGUACAAAGCCAGGAGCUGGUCGUUAGCCUAAGUUGACAGACGACCAUUCG